AUGUUUGAUGCGUAUGAGGCUGGGCAUCUUGUCGCCCUUGUUUUGGACUCGGAUAGACAAAAUCCUCUUUUUCGAGCACCGGUCGGCGAGAAUCCGAGGCAUAUUCUUGAUUUAGGUACAGGCAAAGGUACAUGGGCAAUCGAUGUUGCGGACAUGUUUCCAGAAGCAACUGUUCGCGGCGUUGAUCUAUUUCCACCACCAGUGGCAUUUACGGCUCCGAAUUGUGUUUUUGAGGUUGAUAAUGCCCUUGAAGAGUGGACAUGGCGCGAAGAGUUUGAUCUAGUGCACAUGCGGAUUUUGAUCGGGGCUUUUGACCCGAAAGAAUGGGAUCAGGUCUAUAAGCAGAUCUACGAUAAUCUCCGACCGGAUGGAUGGAUCGAGCAGCUGGAGGCAAGUCCUUAUAUUGAAUGUGAUGAUGGAAGUGUCCCAGAGGAUAGUGUUCUCAAGACAUGGGGCCCGAACAUGUUAGCCUGUGGAGUGGCUGCUGGGCGAGAGUGUGAUAUUUUGGACACUAUGGCAGACACCAUCCGCAAUGCUGGGUUCGUGGAGAUGCACCAGAAGACUUAUAAAUGGCCGAUUGGAGCUUGGGCCCGACAGCGUCGAUACAGAGAAGCAGGGACAGUCAACCUCCAACAUUGGUUAGAUGGAAUGGAAGGAUGGUGUAUGUGGCUCCUUACCAAAUUUGGUUCUCCCAAGCCCUGGACGAGAGAGGAGGUCAUAUUUUAUGUCGCAAAGAUGCGCGCUGAACUCAAGAACCCGCGUUAUCACAUCUACCAAAGGGCGCGACGAGUGUGGGCUCGUAAGCCUUUUUAUUAUGAGGUUUUGAAAACUCCCGACUCAAUGCCAGAUUCAGACAUAACACCAGAGGUGCAGAGUCCAGAAGAAGAGAGAAACUAA